AUGUCCACAAUACUGUCCCAAGCGAUGUACCGACGAGACAGCGACAGCCCAGACAAACCUCUCGAAAUCGACCAGGAAUCGAAUCCAGACCCGAGCCGCUCAAAUAGUCCAAAAAACAUGAAAUUCUACAAACAGCUAGACGAAGAUAAAACACUCUUGAACCAUGGAAAGAAAUCUUUCUGCAUCGACGCGCUACUAUCAAAACAUAUGGAACCAGAUCAGACUAUACAAGAGAGAAUGGCGCAGCAAAAAUAUUUGGCGUUAAUACAAAACAAGUCCUACAUUACAAGAUAUCAAAAUGACAAUUACGACACCCAAAUUGAACAGAACACGAUCAGCAAAUGUCAGAACCGGCCGCCGAGUCAGAACUUUGGACCGGAAAGCCCUAGGUCAGGUCAGAGCAGUCCUAGAAGCGGUUCCCCUGGGUCAGAUGAUGGGAACAGAUCAGAGAGUUACAGCCCUCCUAUUUCUCCAGGUGUGGAAGGAGGGAACGAGGAAUAUGAUAGCUAUAGACCAGGUAUCAUACCAAAACCUGGUCUACUCCAACCGCCGAUCCAAGCGCCGCUCUUCAACUACCCACCCCCAGGAUUGAGCCUACCGCAGGCCUCUGCGUUCCAUCACCCCGGCGACCGAGUGUUACACCAGAUGCAGCUCGAAUGGCUGGCUAGAACUGGGAUGUUCUACCACCGAAUACCGGAAUUGGGAGGAGCACCUCACGCUCUCCUCGGCAAGACAAGGCGUCCACGGACAGCCUUCACCUCGCAGCAGCUCCUGGAACUUGAGAAGCAAUUUCGUAUGAACAAAUACUUGUCAAGACCAAAACGAUUUGAAGUCGCUACCAGCCUGAUGCUCACCGAGACUCAGGUAAAAAUAUGGUUCCAAAACCGAAGAAUGAAGUGGAAGCGUUCAAAAAAGGCACAACAGGACACUAAAAGUAAGGAACCGCACGUCAGCCACCCAAACGACGACAAAAACAAACAGAAAGAUCUUCCCUCGUCCGAACACGAAAAACAACCUUCACAACAAAUGGCCGCCGAUUUGACAUCUGUCAAACCGCCCCCGAUGUUAGACAGGGACAGAAUCAUCGCUCUGGAGCGAGAGAGAGCUAUGGCGGCAGCAAACUUCAAUUCUAAUUUGGAAAACAAUAGACGUGGGUUGGUCGUUAUGAACCAAGAUGGCGGCAGGCCCGGUAUGGACAUGUUUAGGCCGUAUGUAGUAUGA